GCAUCCACCAUGUCUGUCUGCUCCAGUGACGUGGCCUGUGUCAGCCGAGUCUCCUCCCCCAGCACCUGUACCGGCUCCUCCUGGCAGGUGGACAAUUGCCAGGAGAGCUGCUGUGAGCCCCCCUGCUGUGCCUCCAGCUGCUAUACCCCUAGCUGCUGUGCCCCACCCCCCUGUCUGGCCCUGGUCUGUGCCCCAGUGAGCUGUGAGCUCAGCCCCUGCCAAUCAGGCUGCACAAGCUCCUGCACACCCUCAUGCUGCCAGCAGUCUAGCUGCCAGCUGGCUUGCUGCACCUCCUCUCCCUGCCAACAGGCCUGCAGUGUGCCUGUCUGCUGCAAGUCCAUCUGCUGCAAGCCUGUGUGCUGUGUGCCCAUCUGCUGCAAGCCCGUGUGCUGUGUGUCCAUGUGCUCUGGAGCUUCCUCCCCAUGCUGCCAGCAAUCUAGCUGCCAGUCAGCUUGCUGCACCUCCUCCCCAUGCCAACAGGCCUGCUGUGUGCCCAUCUGCUGCAAGCCCAUCUACUGCGUGCCCGUCUGCUCUAAGUCUUCCUCUUCUUGCUGCCAGAAGUCUAGCUGCGUGAGCUGUGUGUCCAGCCCCUGCUGCCAGGCAGCCUGUGAGCCCAAUCCCUGCCAAUCAGGCUGCACCAGCUCCUGCACACCCUUGUGCUGCCAGCAGUCUAGCUGCCAGCCGGAUUGCUGCACCUCCUCCCCGUGUCAGCAGGCCUGCUGCUUGCCCGUCUGCUGCAAGCCCAUGUGCUGUAAACCUGUGUGUUGUGUGCCUUCUUCAUGUUGCCAGCAGUCUAGCUGCCAGCCGAUUUGCUGCACCUCCUCCUCCUGCCAGCAAUCCUGCUGUGUGCCCGUCUGCUGCAAGUCUGUCUGCUGCAAACCCAUCUGCUGUGUGCCUGUCUGCUCUGGCACUUCCUCUCCAUGCUGCCAGCAGUCUAGCUGCCAGCCGGCUUGCUGCACCACCUCCUGCUGCAGACCCUCCUCCGUAUCCCUCCUCUGCCGCCCUGUGUGUAGGCCCAUCUGCUGUGUGCCUGUGCCCUCCUGCUGUGCCCCCACCUCCUCCUGCCAGCCCAGCUGUUGCCGUCGAGCCUCCUGUGUGUCCCUCCUCUGCCACCCCACGUGCUCCCGCCCGGCCUGCUGA